UUCUCCCACAUUCUGGGGAAAUGACUGUGCAUUAGCUAAGCAAGGUUCUGAUUUGCAGCUGCGUCGGCCCAGGUAUUUAGGAGUACAGACGAAAGGUUUUCUACUGUGGGGUUUCCAUGGAUACAUCUGAUGUGACCAGCACGGUGGGAGACUUGGAGGCUCAGAACAUGAAACUGAAAAAAUCCCCUCCAUUCAGUCUUGAAAGGUUUCACAUUUCUGAAGAUUAUGGCUUUCUCCUUCCAGAUCCCCUGAAGGAACUUUCCGAUUACUACAUGCCCUGGAUGGAAAUAGCCUACAAUUUGCCUGUCAUGAUUGAGAGUCAUCAGCUCCGAGUCAGAGUGGAUGUGAUGCCCCUACUAAGCUGUCACCUCCUGAAAGGUCAUAAAGAGCAAUACUUGGCCCACUUGCUGCUUAGCUCCAUUACCAUGGGAUAUGUCUGGCAAGAAGGAGAGAACAACAUUCCUAAGGUUCUGCCAAGAAAUCUGGCCCUUCCCCUUGUGGAAGUCUCUCGAACCUUGGGUCUGCCCCCUAUCCUGGUACACUCUGAUUUAGUUCUGGCGAACUGGAAGAAAAAGGAUCCAGAUGGACCACUGGAAAUCAGGAACCUGGACACCAUUGUCUCACUUCCAGGAGGUGAGAGCCUGAAGGGCUUUAUCCUGGUGACUCUUUUGGUGGAGAAGGCAGCAGUGCCUGGGAUUAAGGCACUGGCUCAGGCCAUAAAUGCAGUCCUCCAGCCUAGUGAUGAUGAUCUACUCCAAGCCUUGAAGCAGCUGAAGACGUCCAUUGCUGAGAUGACCAAAGCCUUGAGACAGAUGCAUGAUUACGUAGAUCCAGCUAUAUUUUAUGCAGCCAUCCGGAUCUUUCUGUCUGGAAAUCAAACAGUGCGGGAAAUCUGGAACAAAGAAGACAGCAAAAGAAAUUCCAAGUUUAGCUGGAAGGAUAACCCAGCAAUUCCAGAAGGGCUGAUAUAUGAAGGAGUCUCAGAAGAGCCUUUGAAAUAUUCUGGAGGAAGUGCAGCUCAGAGCACAGUAUUUCAUGCAUUUGAUGAGUUAUUAGGUGUUUGUCAUAGCAAGGAAAGCACUACCUUCUUGCACAGAAUGCGGGAAUACAUGCCUCCUUCCCACAGGGCCUUCAUAGAGGAAGUCCACUCUGCCCCUUCCCUGAGGGAGUACAUCUUGUCAUCUGGGAGCUGCCUCUUGUGUGAAGCCUAUAACCAGUGUGUGGCCACCCUGGCAGAGCUGAGGAGCUAUCACAUCAGCAUCGUGGCCAAGUACAUCCUCACAGGGGCAGCCAAAGCCAAAGACGGGGGCCUGGGCCACCUUCCAGGACCACCUCAGGCACUGGCAGAGAGGGGGACAGGAGGAACAACUGUCUUCUGUUUUCUGAGAAGUGUCAGGGACACGACCCUGGGAAGAAUCAUUGACCCAAGUGAUUGAAUUCAUCCCAACUUCUGGUAGUCCAAAAGACAGGCAGAGGGAGGAUCUUCCCUUCCCUUUUCCAUUUCUGGUCUAGCCCCUAAACUUGUCUUAUUCCCCUCUCCUCAAGUGGUUUGUCAGGAAUCUGGUGGGACCCUGUAUUCUGGGCUCCAUGGAACAUCCUGUUCUCCUUUGUGAAGAGCUGGUCUUCAUCAGAGAGAAGGAUUAGCAUUGCCCUUUGCCCAAGACGCUGGGUAGUGCUUAAUUAAUAGCAUAUGAUUUUGGACACAUCCCCAUUUAUAAGCAUAUAAUGGACAAUGCCUACUUUGUGCUGCCUGCAAGGCAAAUCUGCCCUCAGUCUAGAACUCCAAAACCAAAUAAAAUAUUGUGGGAUUGCCACAUUGACUAUUUCUUUACAAGAACAAUCCAAAAUUCAUUCAACAAACGAUCAAUGCCACUACAGCAGUCAUUUUAAAAUCCUAAAAUACAAGCUCCAAGCUGGUUCAUUUUUGUCUUUGUUUUCCCAAUAUCAAUCACAGGGCCUCUCACAAAGUAACUGCUUAAUAAAAGAUUGCUGAAGUUUGAA